AGCAAAGCAAAGAAGAUAAAAGAAAUGGCGCUUGCCUGGAGUCCAGCCACACCACUGCCAACUCUCAGACCACCACUGCGCGUCCACCACUGUGUGAGGAGAGCCGAGGUGAGGAGGAGAUUCCAGUGUCGGAGCCUGUUUGGAUUCAAGAGCAAGGCGCCCAAGCUCGAAAUCGUCCAGGCCGGGGACCCUGUCUUGCAUGAGGCCGCGCGAGAGGUGCUACACUCCGAGGUGAGCAGCGACACCGUCCAGAACACCAUCCAAGGCUUGAUUGAUGCAAUGCGGGAGGCACCGGCCGUGGGUCUGGCCGCUCCCCAGAUCGGAGUUCCUCUCCAGAUAAUUGUGCUCGAGGACACCGCCGAGUAUAUCAGCUACGUUUCCCGCGACGAGGCUCUUUCCCAGCAGCGAAAGCCAUUCGAGCUCCUGGUAAGUUCCUGUCCAAUCCUUUCCCUUUCUUCGGGAGCUCAUAUAUCUGCUCAGGUGAUCAUCAAUCCCAUCCUCAGACCCACCACCAGUGCCACUGCCAGGUUCUUUGAAGGAUGUCUCAGCGUUCAUGGCUUCCGGGCGAUGGUGGAGAGGCACCUCGACGUGGAAGUCACCGGACUGGACCGCGAAGGCAGGCCAUUGAAAGUGGAGGCUUCCGGCUGGCAGGCUCGAAUCCUCCAGCACGAAUGCGACCAUCUCGCAGGGACCUUGUACGUGGACAAGUUCAUCCCAAGAACUUUCAGGUCUACCAAAAACUUGUCCAUGCCAAUGGCACGGAGCUGUCCCAGACCUGGCUUAUGCUCAGUAGAACAUGCUUCUUCCACAGUUUAAAACUUCUAGUUACCAGCUUUUAUCAUGCUCUAGCCUUGGGAAAGCAAAACGAACUGGUUAGCUACGAGAGAAUAAACAAAAAUAUACCUCCAAA